CUGCUUUGGAGGAUGCAGAACCCCUGACCUUUGUCUGGACAGUGCCAAUUGGCCCAGUGCUGAUCACAUGCACUCUCCCAAGAAAAAGAAAGCAUCUCUAGCAAUACAUACCAAACUGAGUAUGUGCAGAAUGACUCCCCAUGAUAUGUCUUAUGAGGAGAUAAGAGGGGGACAUUGGAAGAAGGAUCAAACAGUGUUUUUACAUAAUGGAGAGGAUUAACCCCUUAGGUUCCACAGUGAGUAUAGCAAGCAUGAUUUACUGCAUAUACAGACUGAUUUUACUGUUGUGGGUUCAG